UUGGUGGUAAAUGAAGUUCGCUUGGCCUUGUCGCACGCCAGUCUGCCUCUGACAUUUGCACGUCGCGCUUGAUCGUUCCGUCUUCGCCGUCGCCUCCGACUUCUGUGAUAUUACUUUUUAUUGGCCGAAAGAGCAGGAGUGCCAAAAAUAAUACAAAACAAAAAGAAGCGAACCAAAGCCGCUUACAAUAUCACAAAUUCGAUUUUUGUCGAUCGAACUUGAGCUGUGAUUUAUCAAACGCAAUGGAAACGCUCUGCCCUUUCCUUCGACACACGCUUAGCCUUGUCUUACUGAUGGUCUCCCUUCAGUCGUCCUGGGCAGCUCCUGCUGUGCGCUUCAGUGACAACGAACUGGAUGAGCUGGCGGCCUAUCCCACAUCGCCCAGCCAAGUGCUGCCCAUCCAGCCGCUGCUCAUCUAUCCGCAGCAGCGAGCAAAUCUCUACCAGGCACGUACCCUGGGAGGAAACGACGACAGGGACAUCAUUUUCGUGAAGCUGCUGCAGGACAAGUCCAGCGGGUACCGGCCCAAGCAGCAGCGCCUCGUUGUGGAGGAGGAGAAACCCUCGCAGCGCAAGGAGCUGGGCCUGAAGGACUUCUUCUACGUGAAGGCCCGCACCAACGGGCGCUUCAGUCACGAGCGUCUGAAGGUCUACAGAGUGCCCGAGUUCUACGCCAUCAGUGUGUUCCGCAACGGAGAUACAUAAGUAGAGGGGUGCGAAUGCGCUGCACCUUAACGAUGCACAGCAGUAAUUUAAGUUAUUUUUAAGACGCUAUAAAUAAAUACCGUACCUCAGGACGCCU